UGUUACUGCAUCACGAUUCGUGACCAGUACCCAUUCAGAAUGGAUGCGGAUGGCAAUCCGACCAGGUCCAGAUGGGCGGCCGCAAGAGACCAGGUGCUGAAAGGAUAUCGGACGGAAGAUUUGAAGAAGUCCUUGGCCUUCAGUUUGUUGGCUGCGUAUCAUAGCUACGUCUUCUUUGCCGCGGCCCUGAGCAUCCUGACCCUCAGCGGCAACUUGAUUCUGGCCUGGUUCAUCAGCUGGUUCCAAGAAGUGCGCAACAGCAAUGCGGGGACCUCCGAAACUGGCAACGUGUCGCUGGGCUUCUACCUGGCUGUUCUGACGCGUUGUUGGCUGUUGAUCCAGCUCUCGGCCGAAGUCUUGAGAUGUGUCUUGUGGUUGGUCGAGGACACCUGGCAACUACAGACUUUCCAGACCUAUCGGCAGAUCCUAACAGGUUAUGCGUCCAAAGAGAUGCAACUGGCCAGCGAGGAGAUGACUGCAGCCCAAAGCUUGGCUGUGACGGGUCGCUGGAAACACAGUAGCUCCUGCAGAUGGUGGUUGGAUCUUGUCGUCCAGGUCUGCGUGUACGGAUCAUUGGAUGUGAUACCUCUUGUGAUGUGCAUCCCUCCCUUUAUGAAGCUGGACCUAACGGGUGGCCUCAGCACAUUAUUUGCCACGGCUUGUUCCAUUGCUCUGUUGCAUAGCGUCCUGCUGUAUGUGGCUUGGGUUCUGAGCGAUCUUGUGACCAAGAUUAGGAUGUGGAAGACCAUCCGACGUCACGACGGUGACAAUGGUGAUGCCUUUCUGGUGGAGGCUCCAGCAGAUGUGGAGGAUGUGGAGGUGGAAGUCGAGGAAGAAAUCAUGGCCCCAGCCCACGUGUGCGCUUUGUUCGGUGGAGUCCUACAUUUGGGUUGGGUGGCCGUACUGAAAUCCCUGGUCUUCAUAGCUUUGUUGGUCCUGGCGCUUCAAAGAGACGUGAUUUCAGAGAACCCGUUCUGGUUGAUCGCUGCACUACUCUUGGGGAUUGCAUUUUGGCAUUCCACCCUGGCCAGAGGUCUUCAGAUCUUGGCGAAAUGCUGUGGAAGGUGCGGACGAAGUGAUUCCCAGACAGGUGAUCUUUCAGGGGCUUCACAGCAAGCCCUUCAUGGUUUUCUGAAUGAUGUCCAAUCUUGGGCGGACAAGAAUGCUGGAAUGUCGGUCAGUUGCUGCUCCCAACGUUACGACCUGGUGGUUUUCGUUCUUCUGCUGCAAAUUGCGCUCUUUGGUAAUUUCCGCUGGACUGGCGGAGCAGUGUUUCUCCUCUUCUUAGUUAUGCUGUUGCUCCUUCGACGUAGCACCUUGAUGAGUCUCGGUCGCUGGCGCGGACUCGCAGGUGUUCUUGAGAGCUUGCUCUUUGUGCUUGUGGCUACACUGCUGAAUGCUGCCUACUCAGCGAUGGCUGGCUUGGGCGUAUUGGUGAUGGCUGUCCUCUUACAGUUGAUGUUGGCACGUCGUGAGUUACGUGCAUGGCGGACUCUUCGAGGGGUCACUUUGGGCUUGCACACGAGCCUGGUCAUCGUCGUGGCCAUUUGCAUGUGGUCCAUGCAGGGCGGUAGCGGUUGGACUCCGGACUCGCGGGACUCCGACUCCAAGCAGAUCACCGAAGAGUAUCCCUUCUGCCAUUUGAGGUGGCCCUUGGGAAAGACUGGAACACAGGAGAUGUCCUUGAUGGACUUCGCUGAUAUGUGCGCAUUGACCAAUCUGGACAGCGCCGAUUUCAACUCAUCAUUGCAGUCCCGUUUCCCUGGCUGGACAUUGGAAUACGAACACCGCGCUGGAGAGACGCACGUCUAUGGCUACAACGACUGGACCACGUUCUUUGAGCUGGCAGAUCCCAGCAACGAGACGACCAUCUUUGCCAUUCGAGGGACGCAGAGUCCGCUGGAUGUCAUGCAAGAUUUGAACAUCUUUACUCCGGUGGCCGUGACUCAGAUUGCGUCCUUUUUUGGUCCAGAUCUCACUUCCUCGGUGACGAAGACCGUCUUCAGUUUCUUUGCAGGGCUGCCGACCAUCGACAAGGACUUCUUCGAAGUCUUGCUGAAACAUGUUCGCGGGAAGGUGAACAGUUCCCCUGAUCGGCGGUUUUACCUCACGGGACACUCCUUGGGUGGCGGUUUGGCCAAGCUGGUGGCGUUGGAAGUGGGCCGCAAGUCUGUGACCUUUGCCUCCCCGGGUUUACGCUACACCUCGGAGAUGCUUCUGUCCAAGGAGUUCCGGGUUUGGGAGAAAAAUUGGAUCGGAAAAAAUUAUCGAAUUGUCCUGGCAAAGCGCUUCAAGGGAAGCAGUUUCAAAGGCGUCCGGCUUGGCCUGGCAAGGGAAAAGGCCGACGCGUGCCGUACAGGUGAUCGCUUAGGGACUGUGGUGGUGCCAGAGCAGCUCGGAGAUCAGUGCAUGAAGCGAAUGCACGACUUGGUUUCCCGCGUGGACCAACAAUUGGGAGCGGAGCUGGGCAUUGCCUGCGACAAGAACCCGCAAGAGCUUUUUCAAAAGAACGUCAUCCGCGAGAGCAAAGAGCUAACGAGCGAACUGGCGUGGGAGAGCGCAGUGCAUGCGUAG